GUUGCAGGCAUCGGACCGGACGGCCACAUCGCGUUCAACGAGCCGGGGUCGAGCCUCGUGUCUCGCACGCGCGUCAAGACGCUCGCUCAGGACACGAUCACCGCCAACGCUCGAUUCUUCGACGACGACAUAAGCAAGGUGCCGACGAUGUCGCUGACGGUCGGCGUGGGAACGGUGAUGGACGCGAAGGAGGUGAUGAUCAUGAUCACUGGGCAACACAAGGCGUUCGCUCUGCACAAGGCCAUCGAGGAAGGAGUGAAUCACAUGUGGACCGUCUCCGCCUUCCAGCAGCAUCCCAACACCCUAUUCAUCUGUGACGAAGAUGCCACGCUGGAGCUUCGCGUGCGAACGUGAAGUACUUCAAGUCUCAUGCACGUGCACAACAAGCUGAUAGAGGAUGAUGAGAGGAGAAGCCAGAGUAGGAGGAGGAGGUGGAGAAGCCAGAGUAGGAGGAGGAGAGGGAGAAGC